CCUGCCCUUUAACCCUGGCACCCAUGGCAGCCUUUGAGCCCUUCUGGUCUAGAGGCCAGAGGCCAGGCUGCUGUUAUUCACAACUUACUGAAGAUCUGGACAGAAGGGCCAGCUGAGAUGGUGGCAGGUUAUAAAAAUCGAAAGGGAUUUGAGCUAUAAGGUCCUCAGUGAUGGGGUUUUAAUUACAGCUUUAGCCCUGGGUGGUGCCAGGCCAGUCUCUAACUCCUAAAAACCUGCUUUGUCCAUUGCUUUGUCUGCCGAAGACUUGGCAAGCUAGAAUCUGCUUCCUGUUGGCUCGGCCUCAUAACUCUGAGAGCAGAGUGUCACUUGAGGCAGACAUGCCAUCAGGAGCUUGGGAAGAAAGGGUCUCCCUAUCCAGUAUGGACAGAAAAGUUGCCGUCCAUGAAGAUGGGUAUCCUGUGGUCUCUUGGGUCCCUGAGGAGGGAGAGAUGCUGGACCAGAAAGGCAAGGACCAGGUGAAGGAUCGAGGCCAAUGGACCAACAAGAUGGAGUUUGUGCUGUCAGUGGCCGGGGAGAUCAUCGGGCUGGGCAACGUCUGGAGGUUUCCCUACCUCUGCUACAAGAACGGGGGAGGAGCGUUCUUCGUGCCCUACUUCAUCUUCUUCUUCAGCUGUGGCAUCCCAGUCUUCUUCCUGGAGGUGGCCCUGGGCCAGUACAGCAGCCAGGGGAGUGUUACUGCUUGGAGGAAGAUCUGUCCUCUCCUCCAAGGCAUUGGCAUGGCGUCGGUGGUCAUUGAGUCUUACUUGAACAUCUACUACAUCAUCAUCCUCGCCUGGGCUCUCUUCUACCUGUUCAGCUCCUUCACUUCUGAGCUGCCCUGGACAACCUGCAGCAACUCCUGGAACACAGAGCAUUGUGUGGACUUCUUGAACCACUCAGCAGCCACGGGAGUGAACCACUCUGAGAACGUCACCUCGCCUGUCAUGGAAUUCUGGGAGAGACGGGUUCUAGGUAUUACAUCGGGCAUCCAUGACCUGGGGUCCCUGCGCUGGGAGCUGGCCUUGUGUCUUUUGCUCGCCUGGAUCAUCUGCUACUUCUGCAUCUGGAAGGGGGUCAAGUCCACGGGCAAGGUUGUCUAUUUCACAGCCACUUUCCCCUACCUGAUGUUGAUUAUUCUCCUCAUCCGGGGCGUCACCCUUCCUGGAGCCUAUCAGGGCAUCGUCUUCUACCUGAAGCCAGACUUGCUGCGCCUCAAGGACCCCCAGGUGUGGAUGGAUGCGGGCACCCAGAUCUUCUUCUCCUUUGCCAUCUGCCAGGGGUGCCUGACGGCCCUGGGCAGCUAUAACAAGUACCACAACAACUGCUACAGGGACUCCAUAGCCCUCUGCUUCCUGAACAGUGCUACCAGCUUCGUGGCUGGGUUUGUCGUCUUCUCCAUCCUGGGCUUCAUGUCUCAAGAGCAGGGGAUACCCAUUUCUGAAGUGGCCGAGUCAGGUCCUGGUCUGGCCUUCAUUGCCUUUCCCAAAGCUGUGACGAUGAUGCCUUUGUCCCAGCUAUGGUCCUGCCUUUUCUUCAUCAUGCUCCUGUUUCUAGGGCUGGACAGCCAGUUUGUCUGUAUGGAGUGCUUGGUGACCGCCUCCAUGGACAUGUUCCCCCAGCAGCUCCGGAAGGGCGGCCGGCGUGAGCUGCUGAUCCUGGGUGUUGCAAUCGUGUGCUACUUGAUGGGGCUCCUUCUGGUCACUGAGGGCGGGAUGUACAUCUUCCAGCUCUUUGACUACUACGCCUCCAGUGGCAUAUGCCUGCUCUUCCUGUCUUUGUUUGAGGUGGUCUGCAUCGGCUGGGUAUACGGGGCGGACCGUUUCUAUGACAACGUUGAGGACAUGAUUGGCUACCGGCCAUGGCCCUUGGUGAAGAUCUCCUGGCUCUUCCUGACCCCUGGUCUUUGCCUGGCCACAUUCAUCUUCUCCUUGAGCAAGUACACACCUCUCAAAUACAACAAUGUCUACGUGUACCCUUCUUGGGGAUACUCCAUUGGAUGGUUCUUGGCUUUCUCCUCCAUGGCCUGUGUCCCACUCUACAUCAUCAUCACCCUUCUGCAGACCCAGGGUUCCUUCAAGAAGCGCCUUCAAAGACUCAUCACACCGGACCCCAGUCUGCCCCAGCCGGGGCGGCGUCCACCUCAGGAUGGCACUUCUGCUCAGAACUGUUCGCCCUCGCCAGCUAAGCGAGAACUCAUUGCCUGGGAGAAGGAGACGCAUUUGUAGGACGUGCCAGAGGCCAGGUGGCUCCAGAGUCAGGGACCUGGUCAAGGCUACCUCCUCCCAGGGAUAACCUCUGCCUCGAGCUUGUCGAGACCAUGGAGGUCUCUGGACACCCCCUGCCAGGAGCCACUCUUCUGUUCAGUUGGAGCAGCUUGUCACUUCUCAAUCCUUCCCACCCGUGCUCCAGGAAGCUGUAUUUGCCAUGCACUUUGAACUCAAAACCCUGACUUUUUGGAUUAAAAACUGAGAACCAGACAAAGUGACGUUUUCAAGUUCACACAGCUUGUCAGAGCCCGAGACCCUCCGCUACUCCUGUGCUGGGGCUUGUGAACCUCCAGACUCACCCCUGCCUCAGCUAACAAGCCUGUAUGGAUCACCUGCCACUGCA